AUGACGAGCACCAGCAACGCGGCCACGAAAAAGGUCCGCUCGGAGUACAUGAAGAUGUUCCGCGAGCCGAAAUGGGAGACGUUCAGCAAAUGUUACCAGGAUUCGGUGAAAUACAGGCUGAGCCGCCGGCUGAUGGAGCACACGCACCGGCCGCUGUUCGUGGACGGCUGGGACAGCGGCUCAGACUCCAGCGGGAGGUCCAGCCCCAGGGUCAGAGGAACGACAGAGUCCUCAAACCCGCAUCCGUCCUCCUCUGAGAGCGCAGACAUCCGGGACCGGGACACUGACACCGCCGAGCACGAGCACAAGUCACUUCCUGUAGAGAACGGAUACCAGCACGUCACAGCGAACGGGCCGUCGGAGCACAAGCUGAGACAGAGACACAGAGCUCCUCGUUCCCCGCAGGGUGAACUUGACACAGAUGAGUCCACCGACUCCACACUGAGAAAACCGACCCGAGCCAAGAGCCAGCCGCCGGCCGGUGCUGCAGAGAGAACCUCCAACCGUGACAACAGACGCUCGAAUAUCCGCUAUGACUGGACCGAGAGGAGCAUGGAGGCCAGGGAAAGGAGGAGGCUCAACAUGAAAGGCUCAGCGUCUGCUGGAGAGAUCCAUCGGGCUGACGUAGGUGUCCAGACACGUCGUGACUCUGAAAAACGUGAAAAGGUCUCGGAUCGUCGGAGAACGAGAUCAGCUGAUCUGGAGAAGUUUCAACGGACCGAGUUUUCGUCAGCUGAUGAUCGCUGGAUUACCGAGUAUAUGCGUUGCUUCUCGGCCAGGCUGAGUUGUUGCAGCCAGAAUGGACUGGACCAGGACGGGACUAAAAGACUUCCAUUAUGCUUAUAGCUUAAACUCAGGACGCAUAACGAGAUGUGUCUCGACUUCGACUUUCACUGCCCAAGUUCAGUUCCAAUGCAGAAGAAUGUAAGAAAAGAACGGCUCAAAUACCAAGAAGAGUUCUUGACCCAAAAUUGACAUUGAUUCGACUCUGAUGAGAAUGAAAUGAAAGACC